AUGUCAGCCCCUACCGAGAUCACUCAAGAUCGCGAGUCCCUCCGGACUAUGGGCCUUGAAGGCCUCGUAGAGCUCUACGACGUAGUCAUGCAAGACUGGAAUUUUGGAGACCCCAUCGUCAUGCCCACCCUCCAAACUCAUACUUUCGCCGAGGCUUCUAUCGAAGUCGGCACCAUCGCCCAAGACCUUCCCGUCGAAGACGGCGGCGUCCUCUCCAACAACCGCAAGAAAAACGCCAAAGCCUACAUCAUGGUCAAACGCAUCGGCGGCGACAACCAUAGUUUUCUGUGGUGUGAUGCCGACGGCAAGCCAGUUCGACGAAGCUGGAUCAAGAAGAAGCGCGGUCUCGCCAUGUCUAUUGUCAAAGAGGAGCUUGUGGAAGAUUACAACAACCAUGAGGUCAGCUUUGUUGAUGCGUACAAUACUGCGAUUUGGCUUGCUCAUGCGAGAACAAAAGUGAAUGCGUAUAUGGAGCGGGCUCGGGCUGGGUCGAAUGAUGGUACGCGGAUUACUUUCGAAGGGCAUCGCUUCAAGAAGAAGGAGUAUGUCUUUUGUUUUGAGGAAGAUCCCGAGAUCAAUGGGUCUCAGUGA